AUGAGUGAUAGCAGUGAUUCCGUAAAGACGGUAGGAUCGCGAAAAGAUACCGCGCAUGUUACUACGCGACGUAUGCAGCGAGCGCGCGUUUCCACUGAACGCGAGAAAAAUGACGUCCGUCAUUUAAAAAUUAAAGUUCCUCCAUUCUCAGCCGAGGAUCCAGAACUUUGGUUUGCCUUACUGGAAGGUCAAUUUGGAAGUCGUGACGUCACUGACGACUAUUUAAAAUUUACUCACGUCACAAAUAAUUUGGAUUUGCAGUACGCGAAGACCGUGAAGGAUAUUAUUGUCAACCCCCCGGUGAAUAACCGCUACGAUAAGAUUAAAACCGAAUUAAUCAAGCGACUUUCGGCUUCUCACGAGAAAAAGGUGAAGCAAUUACUCACGCAUGAAGAACUUGGGGAUAGAAAGCCUUCACAAUUUUUAAGGCAUCUCCAAGACCUUGCUGGCCCAUCCGUUCCUGAGGAUUUCAUACAGUCAAUAUGGAGCAAUCGCCUGCCGCACAACAUUCAGACUGUACUGGCAUCCCAAACGACUCAUUCCCUCGAACAGCUGGCAGACCUGGCAGACCGUAUACAGGACCUGACCUCAUCGGGUACUAUCGCCGCAGCGUCUUGCAGCCCACAUGCGUCCCAUCAGUCGGACGAGAUUGCAGAGCUUAAGAAGAUGGUGCAGCAGCUCACGUUGAAAUUGGACGAGCAUACCCGAGCAUCAUGUUGUUCCGCCGGUCGUUCUAGAUCGCACGAACGACGUCGUAUACCACCACGACAGAGAAGCCGUUCAAACUCGAGCUACAAGAGGUACCCCGUAUGCUAUUACCACAACAGGUUCGGGGCAGAGGCCCGCAGAUGCGUAAAGCCCUGCGACUUCAAGAAUGCGGAAAACUCCAAGGGCAGUCGCUAA